AAACAAAUGGCGACAAGUGAAACCGCUGCAUUUUCGCCUGUUUUGUCUUCUAUUAUUAACGAGAAAUCCAAAAAAGACCCAAAAUGAGUUAUUAUUGUUAAUUAGGGCACGAAACUGAUCUUCGAAUUCGUCUCCAAUUUAGGGAUUUUUGGCCAGUCGCUGUCACCUGCUCUCCUGUCAUCGCAACCACAACAUAACCUCAAUGUUCUGACGAUGUCUAUGUUUCGAGCCCUAGGUCGUAAUUUGCCGUAUUUACGGCAGCAGUUCGGUGCCUUACUAGGCAACACGAGCACCUCCGUGAAAUUCAUCUGUGGCGUAAUGCUCUUCAGCUACGGUUUAUCGUACUCCGAUGAAGCAAUCCGAGUGAUAUCAGUGACACCAGGCUACUUAAUGCCACCUUCGUUUUGGCUGUGGACGGCGUUCACGUUUUGUUUUCUCGAAAUCCACUUCUGGGAAGUGCUCGUAGACAUUAUAACCGUGGGACUGUGCGGCAAAUUAAUCGAACCGUUAUGGGGGCAAAUGGAGAUGUUGACGUUUUUCGCAAUCGUCAACUUCGGUGUCGCCGUCAUAACCACAGUCUAUUAUUUCAUUUUAUACGUGUGCACGUUCAACACGGACCUUUUAUUCACAGUACACAUCCAUGGUUUGGCCGGGUAUAUCGCUGGGGUUUCGGUAGCUGUGAAACAAAUAAUGCCGGACUUGGUCAUCGUGAAAACGCCGCUGGGGAAACUAAGCAACCGGAACGUACCCUUGACUGUGUUUUUUCUCUCGUUGAUUAUGUGGGCGAUCGGGUUAGUGGAUGGUACUUACCCUACCAUGUUCUUAAGUGGGUUAUUCGUCAGCUGGGUCUAUUUAAGGUUUUAUCAAAAACACAACAACGGCUCGAGAGGAGACAUGGCUGACUAUUUCACUUUCGCAAGUUUCUUCCCCAACGUGGUACAACCCCCCAUAUCGGUGGCCAGCAAUAGCAUACACAGCGUCCUCGUCAAAAUCGGCUUGUGCAAGAAAGUCGUGCGCCGGUUUGACAUGUCCAAUCCCACGGGAAUCACAGUGGCGGUGCCAGGGGCUGACCACCACGACAUGGAGAGGAGAAGACAAAUCGCGCUGAAAGCGCUCAGCGAACGCCUAUCGAAAUCUCACGCCGACAAGCAGCCCCUUUUACCCAAAAACAACCCAAAGAUUUUGAUGCCUCCGAAUUUUAUGCACGGCCCGUCGACGAGUGCGGCCGCACAGACGCAAAACGAUCAAACUGUUAUCAAUGUCAGCGAAGCGCCGCCAGGGCCCCCCAAGACGCAGACAUAACUAAGCGGUUUUAGGUGAAGAAUAAUUUAUACAUAGAGUAUAUAUUUAAUUGUUGCUUUAUUUUGUAAGAUAUGUCAGACUUUAUUAUUAAUGAACUGAGUAUUUAGUUUGUUA